AUGGUUGCGGUGGCUGGAUCGCGACGGUGGAACGCGUUUAUUCAAGCUUUAGUUCUGAUAUCACUAUCGUUUUCCAGUAUCUCCAGCGCUUACCGACCAGGAGAUAUUGUCCGGAUGAGCAAGAUGGGGCAGUAUCACUCUUCGAGAACGACUUGGCAUGAUGUGAUCGGAAAGCAUUGUCCGAUCUUCGCCGUUAAUCGCGAGGUGUUGAUCCCCAUAGCGAAACCAAUUGGCUACACCGGAGCUGAUCCUUAUAAGAUAAAAUUCCAAGUUGGAAGCGAGAAAUUUCAAAUUCACUGGCUUUUGGUGAUAAACCGUAAGAGCUUAGAAGUUCCGAUGAUCGAUGUAAAUUUGAGAUACUCUGGAGGAGAUCUGCUUGGAGUCACAGCUCAAGUUAUCGAUAUGCCUCAUAGCUAUCUGGAUACACACCCGGAGGUCCGCAAACAGUUCUGGGAUCCUCAACACUGGCCAAAACAUGUUCUUGUUAGAUACACAUGGAAGGAACAGUCAGAAAUUGAUGUAUCCUCAGGAUUUUAUGUCCUCUUUGGCUCAGCUCUCACAUUCUCUUUCGUACUCUCAAUCUACGUCUUACAAUCUUCACGAGAGAAACUGGCGAGGUUUGUAAGAGAGACGGUUGUGGAAAGCAGCUCGAAUGUGAAUGUUGGAGAAUUUGGCAAGGUGGAGUGA